UAAAUGAGUUCACCUGAUAAAUCACCUUUGUUCAAGUUUAUAAUCAUUGGAGAUGCAGGUAUUUAUAGAAAUUCAAAGAUUCUAAGGAGUUGGAAAGUCAUGUUUAUUAAUGAGAUAUAUGAAGGAUGAUUUUACAACUGAAUACAAUGUGACAAUUGGAGUGGAAUUCCUAUCAAAAAUUGUUAAUAUAGAUGAAAAUACAAAAGUAAAAUUAUAAAUCUGGGAUACUGCUGGUCAAGAGUCGUUUCGUUCUGUAGUAAGAUCAUUUUAUCGAAAAGUUGCUGCAGUAUUUUUAGUUUACAGUAUCACAAAGUAUUAAGUUCAUAUUAAAAUUUAUUAGUAAGCAAUCCCUCGAACGACUAGAUUCAUGGUUAAAAGAGGCUAAAGAUCAUUCUUCCCCAUCUAUUAUUACAGUUUUAGUAGGAGCUUAAAAUGAUAGAGAAUCUGAGUAUUUUGAAUUUUUAUUAACAAUAGACGAGAAGUAUCUUAUGAAGAAGGUAAAUAUUGGAUGGAAACAAAUGGGCUUAAUCUAUUUUUUGAAACAUCCUCAAAAACAAGAGAAAAUGUUGAUGAAGUAAAUAUGACAUAUCUAUGAUGAGGCAUUUGCUGAAACAGCUAAAUUAGUAUUCUUAAAUCAUAUAAAUGGGGGUGCAAAUAAUGAAGCUAAAUUACCUGCUCUUAAUUAAACAGAUUUAAGUGUGAAAAAGCUUCAUCAACCUUUAGAAAAAUCUAAUUAAAAAAAUGAUGAAAACAAAAGUUGUUGUUGA